CGCACACAUACGCAAACCACACCUAGUUACCUUCAGUAUGGCGUAUAGUUUCAAGCCGCAACCUCAGCUCUCUCUCCUUGAUGAUCAGUAUAUCCCUACAGAAACAUUACGCUCAUUCUCCGAUGCAGUUUUCGACUAUCUUGAUACGCAUUGCGAACCAAAAGGCACCCAGUUGCUUGAGCCGGAAAAGAUGCAGACUCUAGUCUCCUUCGCGCUAGGCAAGGAAGAGCUCCAAGACAAUAUUACAUUCAGUUCUCUACUCUUAGGCUUGACUUUUUUAGCAUAUCAAGUUGAGACAGUUUUCAAUUCUCACGGUCCAUCGGUUACUCGAGCAGGGCUUCUUACUUACCUUCGUUCCAAAAUAAUGGGGAACCCUGUCACAGCCUUAAGGGAUUUCAAAGCAUAUAACAAAGCGAUGCGACUAGGUUCUCCAUUUAUCCGAUCACAAUUCCCUAGGGUGGCAGAUUUAAAGACCAAAGAAUUGGCAUCAUAUGUCCAAGCUAGCUUUGACAAAGCUACCAAUAUUGCUUGUUUUGGGCUAGCUAGUGAAGGAGGUGGAGAAGAGAGCGGAGAAGAGGACGGAUACGGAUACAAUCAUACAGAUAAGUACGGGUCUAACGAUACAGACGAGUACGGGUACAAAUAUACAGACGAGUAUGGGUACAAAGAUACAGACGAAUACGAGUACAAUGAUACAGACGAAUACGAGUACAAUGAUACAGAUGAGUACGGGUACAAAGAUACAGAUGAGCACGGAUACAAAGAUACAGAUGAAGAGGAUGGAAGCGAGCACGAAAAAGUGAAUGAAGUUGAUUUAGAGGCCAUGAAACUAGCAUAUGCCUUGGAGCAAAAGUUUCACCUGGCAGCAAUCGAUCUUAUUGACGGCCCACGUAAAUAUGUCCCGGUCGGCGUGACUUUUGAGAAUCCUACUUGGGUACUCUUUAUGCACUAA